AUCACAAAAAAAGGAUAUAAAAAAUCCAAAAUAUAUGAUCAGGGUCCGGGAUCAGUGUAUUCAUUUAAUAUUAUAAAGUACUGUUCUGCUCAUGUUUCUAUAUCUUUUUCUCACUCAGUCUCUGUUGAGGACAUUGAGGAGGUACGAACAGGUCGGCAGACGGACAGUUUGAGGAAAUACACAGAGGAGUCUGUGGAGGGUCGAGCGUUCUCCAUCUUGUUUAAGAGCCAGCAGAAGAGCCUGGACCUGAUCGCCAGCUCUGAGGAAGAAGCCAAGAAGUGGGUUGGUGGUUUGGAGAAAGUCAUCUCAAAUAUAAAGAACCUCACUCCGCAGAAGAAAACAGAGCACUGGAUCUACAGCUGUAUGCGUAAAGCAGAUAAAAACUUUGAUAACAAGAUCAGUCAGAAAGAGCUGAAGAGUUUUCUACAAGACAUCAACAUUGAGGUGGAUGAAGACUACGCUGAAAUGCUCUUUCAGAAAUGUGACAAAUCAAAAUGCGGGUUCCUAGAGGGCAAGGAGAUUGAGCAUUUCUAUAAAAUUCUGACACAUAGAGAGGAGAUUGAGGUCAUCUAUGGAGAGUAUGCAAAGACAGACGGUCUUAUGAGUGCCACUGACCUGCUGAACUUCCUGCUGAACGAACAGAGAGAGGACGCAUCUCAGAAUGAUGCCCUUCAGCUUAUUGAGAAAUAUGAGCUUGAUGAAAAUGCCAAAGCCAAACAGCAAAUGACAAAGGAUGGCUUCCUGAUGUAUUUGCAACAGCCAGAGGGGCUGAUCUUUAACCCGGCUCAUAAAAGUGUUUACCAGGACAUGAACCAGCCUCUCAACCAUUACUUCAUCUCCUCCUCUCAUAACACAUACCUGCUGGAGGACCAGCUCAAAGGACCCAGCAGCACAGAGGCGUACAAAAAAGCGCUUCUUAAGGGCUGUCGCUGUGUGGAGUUGGACUGCUGGGAUGGAUCAGAUGGAGAGCCGGUCAUUUAUCAUGGAUACACUCUGACCUCAAAGAUCCUCUUCAAAGAUGUGAUCAAAGCCAUUAAAGAAUACGCCUUUAAGACAACCGAGUAUCCUUUGAUCCUGUCUUUGGAGAACCACUGCAGUGUGGAGCAGCAGAAGAUCAUGGCUCAGCACUUGAUCUCCAUCCUGGAUAGCGCUCUGGUCACCAAACCCCUCAGAGAUCAGAUGCCCACAUGCCUCCCUUCCCCAGAGGAACUCAAAGGCCGGUUCAUAGUCAAAGGGAAAAGACUAGACAAACUUGAGGAAAUGUUUUCAGAGGAGUCCAAAACAGCAGAGGAAGACAGUGUAACAGAGGAAGAAGAUGAUGAAGGCGAUGAAGAAGACCAGGAAAAGAAGUCUAGUAAAACGAAGUCGCUGAAGUUGGCGAAGGAGCUGUCUGAUAUCGUGAUCUACUGCAAAAGUGUCCACUUCCGUGGGUUUGAGGAUUCCCGGGACAAGCAGUCCUUUUAUGAGAUGGCCUCCUUCAAAGAGGGAGAAGCUGUGAAACUGGCGGAGGAAUCAGCAAACGAUUAUAUCCAUCACAAUACAGACAAACUCAGCCGGAUUUAUCCAGCAGGACUGAGGACGGACUCCUCAAACUAUAACCCUGUGCCUCUCUGGAACGCAGGCUGUCAGAUAGUGGCCCUGAACUUCCAGACACCCUGCCUAGAGAUGGAUCUGAAUCAGGGGCUCUUUCUCCAAAACGGACAGAGUGGUUACAACCUCAAGCCUUCUUUCCUACGAGACCAAGACACUAAGUUUGACCCCAUCACUCUCCCCGAGGGACCGUGGUUAAAGAAUAAGUCUCUUCAUCUGAUGGUGAUCUCAGCCCAGCAGUUACCCAAAGUGAGCAAAAGGAAGUCCUCUAUUGUUGAUCCCAUUGUGAAAGUGCAGAUCUACGGUGUGCCAGCUGAUACGACUGUGGUGGAAACGCAGUACAUUGAGAAUAACGGCUUCAACCCCAUGUGGAAUGAGAACUUCCAGUUUAAUGUGCGUGUGCCAGAUCUAGCCCUUGUGCGCUUUUUGAUUGAGGACUACGAUUCCAGUUCCAACAAUGAAUUCAUUGGCCAGUACACACUUCCCUUCAACAGCCUAAGGAACGGAUAUCACCACGUGCCACUGCUCACCAAGAAAGGAGACCUUCUUUCCUCCGCUGGGCUUUUCGUUCACAUCAUGGUUGUGGAUGCUGAAUAACACAUGAUGGUGCAGGUUUUAUACUGUAUCUGAGAUGAUCUGAUGUGGCUAUAUUCAUCAGCACAGAUGUUUCAAAGGGUCGACAAAAAAUGAGGCAGCUUAAGUAAUUCUUCUGGUUAAAUGAGAAAUUGUGGGAAUAGAGCAACCUUUCUGAAGGCAUGAUAUGAUGGUCUCACGUAACAAUGUUUUUGUACGUUUUACAAUUUGUAAAAUACAUUUAUAUUUUUUAGUAUGCGAAAUAGAUGACUUAGUGUCAACCUUUAGUCUUAGUUAAACUGAGCACUGUUUUUAGUUAUUCAGAUUUUAGAGAGGAAUAAUUUGAUGGUGGGAUUACAAAUAAACACAACUACUCCAUCCUCUGGGUAGUUUCUCUAGAUACAUGUUUUUAAGCCUGCAUUAGAGGUUGUAUCUUUGUCUGUUAUGUAGUUACAUACAACAUCUGAUUUAUGUCGUUAUUAAAUGAGGUACUUAAAUUGUUGUAUUUUUGGCUGAUACUCAUAGAAUCAGCGAUUCCAAUAAAACAUUACCAACCUUAUACUUCCAUGUAAAGGCAAAAUAAAUGUAAGUUAUUCAAAACUACGUUUUUUUUUUGUUUUUUUAUUCUGUAAUUGCUUCAACCAGAUAAAAGAGGCAUGAAGAACUUGUAAUACAACAUCAGGGUCAGUCCUGCCAUAUUUGGCAGUUUAGACACUUCUUGGUUUCAUCUACAAAGCUGUAGGAGUAAGCUUUAUUAGUGUGGACAUCCAGUCCACAUGAAAGCAGAAGAACCACCACAUUACUUUGGUAACAUUACAUAACUUCCUAUUUACCAGCAGCUGAUUUGAGAAUUUGAUGCAUAAUUGAAAGAGUAUCACUUCAUUUUAUGUGCAACUUUUUAAAACAUGUAAGGAAUAAUUGACGACGGGCCGUUGAAUUAUUAGAAAAAUUAUGCGUAUUAAUCCGCUUUGCGUAGUGGCCUCAUCACCACCUCCAGUGUGCAUUAUUUUUCUAAUAAUUAAAUGGCCCAGAGUCAAUUAUUCCACGUAUAUUACAGUUACCAAACCUCAAAACAUCGAUCAGAUGAUAUAUUUAAAGGGAUUCCUCUGGUUUUUGUACUUAAAAAGCUAUAGUGAGUAGGAUUAUUUCUUCUGCAUCUCAUCCAACGCUAUAAUCUUAAGAUAUUAGGAUAUGCUAAAACACCUUGGGAGAGCCGUCGUUUGCUUAGGCAAAAUGGUAAGACCUGAGGAUGCUUAACUUUUAGCACAUUGCAAUAUAAAAGUCAAUAGUCAAAUAGAAAUCAUUGUGUUGUUUUUUAAAAAGGUGCUUUAAUAUAACACGUCAGAGUCCGGAAGAAAACUUACGACAACCAUGAAUCAAUUCAGCUUGAAAUAUACUCCAAACAUCAGCACUGUACAGCCUUUCCGAACUGAUUUCAAACCCCCGAGUCAAUCUGUGGACCAUUUAAAGUGUCUUGUAUGGCUUACUGGAAAAAAUAUCAAAGAAAAUAAGGCUUAAUUUGACUGGAUGUGCCGACUUGAGAUAUUUAAGUGACAUAACAAAAACAUUGUGUAUUAAAAACAGCACCUGGCAGUUUAGACGUGAAAAACAGAAGCAAAGAACAUCAACUGUGAGCAAAACCGAUAGUGUUUCAAUGCUGUCAGAUCACCUGGAGUCUACCGUGUUCAAAGAAAAAAAGGUGCAAUUUGCAAAUGUGAAAAGUAUUCAAUCAGAAAGAAAAGCUAGAAAUCAAAAACAUUAGCAUGCCAAAUAUCCAGCAGAUUUGAAAGCGCCAGCUAUUGAAGAGGCUGUACAGCACUUCAACAAGCAGAAAACAGCAGGUGUGGGCUAACAUAAGCAUACAUCUCAAAUACUGACAGAAGACCAUAAACGUGAGAAUGAAUCGCUCUCCGUCGCGGGAACAGGAUGAAGAGAGAGAGAGGUAGACGAUGAAAGACUGAAGAGAAAAGCAAAAAAAAAAAAAAAGGACAACGUGAAGUGACCAAACUGUGACGUGGCGGACUCUGGGCUGAGAGAGAAAGAGGUUAUUGCCUGUUCAGCAGUGGAUUGGGACAUCCUGCCACUGCUCCCCUCAUCUUAGGCACUGCGGUGAUGGAGAGUCUGCACAGCUUGCGCCAAACACUUGAAAACCCCCUCAGAAUCUCACUGGGAGAAGGAGAGCUGCGCUGCAAGAGGACAAGAGCAAAAGGCCCUACUGCAUCCGUUCUGCCUUUGGACGAUGCUCUGGCACAAGCUGCACAGUGCUCUAGUCCCUGGGCUGGUACUGGUGGUACCCUACAGGGAGCUCUUUUGUAGUGUAGUAUACAGUGGUAGCAGCAGCAGGGUAUGGUGUAAAAACAAGUUGAAACUAAUUAAAAAUAUAAAGAUGGACCUGUAUCAAUUCUCAAUAACUCACGACUCAAACAGAAAAGAAUUAAAAACGAUAAAAGGGAUACAUUUGCAAUUGUGCAUCCUUGUUUCCAUAAAGGACACUUCCCCUUAAAAAUACUACCUGGGGGUGGGGGGACAACUGCAGUGAGUGUCUAUGCUACUUCACCAAAGGCAUUUAGAUCAACGUAAAGUUUCAAAAAAGACUAGCGGCUAAAAUUCUAUGUUGACCGGGCAACAGUUUUUGAAAUGUCCAAACAUUUGUCCCCAGCACCAAUAUUAGCAUCAGGCCUGUUUGCUGAAAGCAAAACGUACUUCAGCAUCAGAUCACAAGACAAAUAUUAGCAAUUGGCACGAUACAAUCUUCGGUUUAAGAUUGUUUCUUCUAGGUUAGUUGGCAAAAGAGAAUGUGGCAUAGGAGACGAGUAACCUAACAAGUGCAAAUGCAUUCCUUUGCUCUUAGAAAACAAACUAAACAUAUACAAGUCUACAUAAUAGUCUCAGUCUAUAUAAUGGCACAAGCUAAAGCAAAAUCGAAA